AGUUUACAAAGUGAGAUCGCAAAGUGCAGACGAUCUUUGAGAUGCACGCUCUACGGAUAGGUUUUCUGUUACUAACUCUGCCAGCUUAUCUGCAGGCUGCCAGGAUACUGGCUAUAUUUCCGUUUCCGGGGCCAUCACAGUAUAUUAAUGUGUUACCUUAUCUAAAGGAACUGGCUGGUCGGGGUCACCAUGUUACCUCGGUUAAUGCGUUUCCGCAAAAGAAACCAUUGGCUAACUUCAGAGAUGUGUUUCUCCCAGAUGUAUUUGACAAUUAUAACGAAUUGAUAAACGAACUGAGCGAACCAAUGAAUUUGUGGCAGGGGAACAACGCCAUCAAUAAAUUCUUUGUGGACAUUACACGCUGUGUUCUUACCAACAAAGAGGUUACAAAAACCCUUUUGCCACCUGGAAAGGAUCAUUUCGAUCUUAUCAUUGUUGAGGCUCUACGCUCGGAUGCCUACUAUGGAUUUGCGGCCCACUUCAAUGCCCCUAUAAUUGGCAUAUCCACCUUUGGAACUGAUUGGAAUAUUGAUUCGCUAGUGGGCAAUGAAUCUCCUCUAUCGUAUACUCCGCUGGCAACGGGGGGUCUUACGGAUCGAAUGACUUUCUUGGAGCGUCUGUCCAACUUUGUGGAUACUACGGUUGCCUGGAUUAACUACAGAUUUUUUCAUAUGCCAGAGCAGGAGAAAAUGUAUGCGAAAUACUUUCCCGAGGCCUCGCAAAAGGUUAAACUCACCGAUUUGAAUAGAAACUUCUCCCUGGUAUUGCUGAAUCAGCACUUUUCGUUGAGCUUCUCGCGUCCGUACGUUCCGAACAUGAUCGAGGUUGGAGGUCUGCACAUAUCCCACAAGCCAGCUCCUUUGCCCAAGGACUUGGAAGAGUUUAUUCAAGGUUCCGGGGAGCAUGGUGUAAUCUACUUUUCACUGGGCUCUAAUGUUCUCAGUAAGGAUCUACCGGCAGAAAGGAGAGAUCUUAUCCUAAAAACCUUCGCCAGCUUGCCGCAGCGAGUGCUCUGGAAAUUCGAGGACGACAAGUUGCCUGGCAAGCCGUCCAAUGUUUUUAUCAGCAAGUGGUUUCCUCAGCCGGAUAUCCUGGCCCAUCCCAAGGUCAAGCUCUUUAUCACCCACGGCGGAUUGUUGAGCACCAUCGAGAGCAUUCAUCAUGGCAAACCCGUCUUGGGUCUGCCCUUCUUCUACGAUCAAUUCCUGAAUGUAAGGCGGGCCACGCAAGCAGGUUUUGGAUUGGGACUCGAUCACAAGACAAUGACACAGCAGGAAUUUAAGAAGACCAUCGAGAUAUUGCUCAAGGAGCCGCGAUUUGCGCAGAUUGCUAGGCAGAUGUCCGAACGAUAUCGUGAUCAGCCAAUGAGUCCACUGGACACCGCCAUUUGGUGGACCGAAUACGUUCUGCGGCACAAAGGAGCCUACUACAUGAGAGUGGCUGGCCAGGACUUGGGUUUCUUCGCCUACCACAGCCUGGAUGUCAUUGGAUUCCUUUUGGGCGGAGCUCUUCUGCUUGUCGCGAUCAUUGUGGGAGUCCUUGGGAAAGCAGCUAAGCUUACGGAUUUUGGAAACUCCAAGAAAAAGCUAAAAACCAAGUAAAGCAAUUCGUGAUAUUUGUAAAUUGAACUUUAAACCUACAGCUAAAUAAAGGAAAUAAAACAAUUUAAGUCCGACAA